GGGGAUGAACGGGUUCAUCGGGUUCAUUCCCGUAUCGCAGGUCGGCUGUUCCCAGCUGUCCGUGUUAACGACAGGCUGCGGCACACAUCGCCGAUGAAACAUGGAAGCGGUCCACACAGGAGAUCGGAAGCAUGGUGUAUAUUCUGGACACUAACUAGACGAGUUGAUGGCUUUAAAGCAAGCAGCCAUUUUCAGGUGAACCUGUGCUCUUCCAGCCAGCUGUAUGUCGGGGAUGGAUAGAUCGCUUUGUCCUGUGCAGGCUGCUGCUGGAGGAAUAUAAAUGAUGAUGAUGAUGAUGAUGGCUGAUGGGUGUUGCAGGGGCAUGGAUAGAACCAGGGGUAAGAUCCCGUCCGAUUCUCUGUCCAGACACGCGUAUCCUCAGCAGUACAUCCAGGCUGGAGCGCCGCAGCAGGGAAGUGACAUCCAGGAAUUGGCCUCAAAGCGCGUUGACAUCCAGAAGAAACGCUUCUACCUGGACGUGAAGCAGAGCGUCCGCGGUCGCUUCCUGAAAAUAGCCGAGGUGUGGAUCGGGAGAGGGCGUCAUGACAACAUCAGGAAGAGCAAGCUGACCCUGUCCAUGUCAAUGGCUCCGGCUCUGCGUUACUGCCUGGGAGACUUCAUCGACUAUUACGCGCGAAUCGGGCUGCGGGGGAGCCUGGCUCAGACCGGCCAGCUGGCAGAGGAGCACGGCAGCAACGGCCAGGGCCGCGGGCACGACGUUCGCAGAAAAGCGCGGGAGCAGCACGCGUCCCCCGCCGGCUCGGUGGGCUCCGACGAUCAUGCCCACCGUGUUCUCAAGAGCGAGUUCAUCGAGAGAGACAACAGGAAGUACUUUCUGGACCUCAAGGAGAACCAGAGAGGCAGGUUCCUCCGCAUACGGCAGACCGUCAGCAAAGGCCACGGCACAAUGGGCUACUACGGCCAGGGCAUCGAGCAGACCAUCGUGCUGCCCGCUCAGGGACUCAUCGAGUUCAGAGACGCCCUGUCCCAGCUCAUCGAGGACUACGGGGACGAAGAGGCGGACGAGCACGGCCGCCUGGGCUCCAGGAGUCGCCUCGAGAAUCCCGAGCUUCCUGAGGCGGCGUCUUUCCGAGUGGACAACAAGCGCUUUUACUUCGACGUGGGCUCAAACCGCUACGGGGUUUUCCUAAAAAUCAGCGAAGUGCGCCAGCCGUACAGGAACACCAUCACGGUCCCGUUAAAAGCCUGGGCUCGGUUCGGAGAGAACUUCAUCAGGUAUGAGGAGGAGAUGCGGAGGAUCUUCUCGUGCCACAAGGAGAAGAGGACAGAAGGACGACAGGACAGCGUGGAGCAGGAGGACUGACCUCUGCGCCUCCAGAGACGAGGCCGGACUCCACCCGACCCACACCCACCUUCCCCACAUGCCAUGUAUUCUGACAAGUGAGCUGUGAGCUGAUUUGCCAAGGGCUGGUAAUCUCCAACAUCUACCCUGCCAAGAAGUGACCCAUCAGAGCCUUAUAGUAACACCUUCACGAUUCAUCUGGCCUACUGUGCUGCUGAUGCACUUUAGCCUGGAGCAGCCGGGGCCUGAUUUUGGGGCUGUGUCAAAAUUUUAACCCAACUUUGCCUUUUAAAUUUAGAAACGCACCGUGCAAAAGGUUGGUCAGCGAAAACCAGUAACAGUGCUAGAAUACUGCUGCUUAUACAUGAGGUUUUGAUUUGGUAUAAUGUUGGCACCCCCAAACAUUGCUUAUUCUUUUUUGUGGCAAGCAGAAGUGCAGAUAACUGUAAACUGCAACAGAUCAAUUCCUAUUGAUCUGUUGCAGUCUCUAUAAAGUGACAAAAGAUAAUUUAAAUCUAUAUUUGAGUCAAAUCAAAAGUUGAGGUGAUGUAUGUGCCAGAGGAAUUUGCUGGGUUGGUGGGAUGUCCUGAUGGUUAGGGUCUUAGGUAGCUUGGUAAGUGCAAUAAAUACCCGUUAAUGCUCGGGACCUCACUGACAUGGGGAAAAGUAAGGUAUAGUAAGCUGUAGGUGCUGAUCCAAUGGAAUAAUAUAUUUUUAGUUGUAACCAUACCUUAUGGGAGGAGGAAUAUUGUUGCGCUGAUGCAUGCUGCCAGUGAAAUGGUGAUGCUGGUGUUGUGACUUGUUUUGUUCUCCUAUGUAGAGUGAAGCCUGGCCGUCUUCUUCCGUAUGUUUCAGCCUGUAACAUGAAGUGUCUACAUGCACAACAGAAUCCUGGGCUUGGCCUGUUCUCUCCUUUGAUCAUGUCCUUAUCAGUGAACACCACGAUCAGGUACCAUCUGCAGUAUUUUCAUUUGUUCUGGAGCACUACGGGGUGUGUUAUCCAGAUAAUUAGAAGCAGAAUGCAGUUUUUAGCUCCAGGUAACCAGAACAGUCCCAACAUACAAGGAAUCUAGUGUCCAUGUAGACACAGUCUCUUGUUCCUUUGUGCACUGGCAGUUUGGCAACCAUCAUAAUAUGGCACACGAUAGGUUUCCACAGUGACAAGCAGCUUAGAGACAACUUUUGUAGCGAUGCAGACCUGCAGGCUAAUCUAACGUGUGCAGAAAAAGUGGCCAGAUAGAAAACCCUGUUAUAUGUAAACUAUAGUAGUGCAUAGGCUUGCCGCUCAUCAUCAUGAUAAAAGACUUGUCAGCUGUCCAGAGUGGGUUUUUUAAUGAGCCAAAACAAUCAGUGCAGGUGUUGGCGAAAGCUCCAAAAGUGUACUAAGGAGACGCAUCAAAUUGAAAACGCUGAUACUCAAGUAGCUGUAUGUUUAUAGAACACAGGUCAGAACUGGUCCAGCGUAGUCCUUGGAUGAUAGCCGUCUGAUCAAACUUUGUGUGGUCACUGAGAAAAGCAGAAUUUAUAUAUUAAUAUUUUAAAUUCUUUUUUAAUUUGAAGCCUGAAAAAGUCAACCCUAGAAUGAAAAUGUGCAAAAAUGUAACUUUUGGUGUGGGAAGAGAUAAGAUUAUAAAAACAAAAAACACCUAUAUAUUGACUUUUUAGGUCUGAAUUCUGCACCAUCUGGAGUUUUUCUACAUGUGUUCUGCUGAGCACACAAACAUGAUCAGCUGAAAGCUUUUUCAGUUGGAUGCAGCCUUGUAAAAAUAGCCCAGAAAACAAAAAGCGGAGCCACACGUUUCUUCUGCUACCACUCAUUAAUUUAAAGGAUAUAAUGGUGCAUGAAGCAGUAAAUGUUUUUAGGUAAUCUGCUUCCAUAAGGUGUUCACUUAUCAAAGCUUGCCCUCUAGCCGGGUAGCACCGGUUAGCCCCUUCCACCUGUCGCCCUCUAAUUCCCAGGCGGCAAAUAAUUAGUGCAAGAGAUUUUUUGCUACUUGCUGUAGUGACACAUUUGCUAAUGCGUUUGUUUUAUUUGACCAAAUAUCCCUAAAGUCACUUGUAAUAUUUGCAGCGACUUACUUCUUCAGACCAGAAGCUUUAAAGCCCUAAGGUUAUUGGGUUUUCCAACCAUUUUUAGGUCGCGUCCCUGACUGCAUGUGGGCGUUUGACAUGCCAUCGGAUGCGUCGUACACACAGGAAGCACAGAAGGAAUAGGUCCUUCUUGUCAUGUGGAGGGAGUCUAGAGUGAAGAAAAUAAGACCACAUGUUUCUUUCUUUCUUUUUUUUUUGAUCCAGUGAAAAGGAAAUAUGGCAUUGAACUGCUUUUGGUAAAAUUAACCCUGGGUGGUUCAAACAUCGCUCACCUUAUACUAAGGAGCCCCAAGCUUAUGUUAAAGGGGACAUAUCAUGCUUUUAAGUUCUUCCUUUUCACAUAGAAAUCAUCUAGUUGUGGUCUAUAUAAAGUGGAACUGCAAUGGUUUGGUUUGAAUUCCUUGUUAUUGUUGCCAUACAGCUCCUCUUUUACCCGUGUUUUGUGGUGCGUCUGAGAGAAACUCGUUUUGGUGCCGUAUCUUUAAAUGCAAAAGAGUAACUUCCCACUCCAUUCCCUUCUGGGUCACAGGGCGUUCCCCUUCACCUCUUUUGGCCAUUUUUGUAGUCUGCUUGGGAACAGUGUAAUAAAUUGUAUGGAUUAAUACACCCAACAGGCAAACUUUUUCACUUAUCCACUUAAAAUAGCGGAUUUGUGAAAUGUGGAAGUCCAUGACCCUGUUUAACAGCAAACGUGUGAUAUAACAGUUCAAACAUCGUAAUAGAUAGUAGAGUAAACUGAACGGCUUGAAAAAGAUGAGACCAAACAGAAUAUAAAGAUAACUACCCAGCACCUGGAUAGACUACAUUCAAAUUUUCUGCAUGCCUAGAGACUCCAAGUACACAUCAAUUUGCAUUUAAGGGCUAGAAAAGUGGAUUUUGUAUAUGUCGCCUUUUAAGAAGCUGGUGUAACUAGUAACGUAGCUAACAAGUGUAUGCGUUACAUGUGACAGAGGAUAAAAUAUUCCAACAUUCACA